AGCGGGGUGUCGAAAGGAAACGCUAAAAGAACUGAAUGUAAACGGUGGAAAACACGCAACGCGUGACAACGCGCCAGGUUGCCAGGAAUAAUUUCCCUGGAUGAGAAUCUUCCACCCUGGUGGUUUUACUUUGGUAUGGUCGAUAUUUUCUGGAACGUAUGGCAACGCGGUGGUGGUUUCCCGUGGGAGAGUAUCCAGACACUUGGGCUUUUAGAGACGAUCGAAUGUGAAUAUAAUAGGGAGGCGCAAGCGCUAUUUAUUCACUACUGCAUUGUGUUGAGGGCCAAAAAAGAAGUCUAUUUUUUUUUUUUUUUGGAUGAGAUUUAUUAAGAAAUAAUUAAAUUCUAGUUUAUGAGGUUCUUAUAGGAGGCGAAACAAGAAUUACGCCAUCCCCUCUAACAAAAAGCAUUGCAAUGUUUCUUUUGGUGGUACGGUAAACUUCCUCGUAAGUUUCCUCGUCAAUUUCCACCAUUGUGAUGGUUUCCUCGACGUCGCUCAGGAUCAUGUUCAUGUGCUGAUCAUAGGCGUGCAAGCGUCCCCUUAAUUCGCGAUCGUUUCUCAUUUUAACGUAAAUUUUCUCGUCAAGGCUGAGCCGCACCAAAUCGAGAGGCUCCUUUACAGCUAUUGCAGGGUGCAAAUCUAAUUCAUCCAUACUUAUUUAGUUAUUAGUACUUUUUAAAAUAAAAUCAGGAAUCCAGGAAAUGUAUUUGUUUUGAUUUUUUUGAGGUUAGAAUAGUAACAGGAGGGUGCAUUCUUUUUUACACCUAUGAGAUGUCUAUCUUUGUUUAGCUCAUGGAAAAUAGAAAUGAUUGUUAGCUAUACCGAUGGAAAAAAAAAGAAAGCGCUAAAUGUCUAAUGUUUAGUUUUUUGACAACUGACAGUUAGCAGUUGCUUGAAUAAAUUUAUUAUUGAAAGCAAAUCUCAACAAAACUUUCUAAUUAGUUUAUUUAAAACAAUUAAAAAUGUCUAAAGAACGGCCCCUGCUGUUACGAAUUCAAAGUCCGGAGGGAACGAAAAGGAUCGAGAUCAGGCCUUCGUCCACCACUUGCGAGCUGUUCGAAACGAUUCACGACUCAUUGAAUCUGAACAGUUUCGCUUUCGCUCUUUAUAAACAAAUAAACAAAAAUGAGGAAAUUUCCAGCAGCAAAACGAAAACUUUGAGGACUUUGGGGCUCAAGCAUGGCGACAUGGUGUAUCUUGCCCCCCUUAAUGGCUCAAUAUUGUUCAAUGCAACUAGUGCCAGUGGGGAAACCGUUCCUGAAUCUGGUGCGUCUACUAGUAGAUCAAGGAGUGCGUGUCGUCACAAUGCCAAUUCAAAAUGUGUUCAUUGCUCAUCCCUGGAACCCUUCGACGAUUCUUACCUCAAAGAACAAAACAUCAAACACUUAUCCUUCCACUCUUAUCUGCGCAAAAUGAUGUCGGGAGUGGACCGCGGCAAAUUCCUAGCCCUAGAAGACAUUUCUUGUAGAAUUAAAACCGGCUGCAAAGACCACCCUCCAUGGCCCAAAGGCAUUUGCUCCAAGUGCCAGCCCAACGCUAUUACGUUGAAUAUGCAAGCCUAUAGACACAUAGACAAUGUGGCUUUUGAAAAUACCGAUUUGGUGGAGAAGUUUUUGAAUUAUUGGCGAGUCACCGGUCAUCAAAGAAUUGGGUUUUUGUAUGGUAAUUACGAGGUUCAUAGUGAUGUGCCUUUAGGCAUUAGGGCAAAUGUGGUGGCUAUUUAUGAGCCUCCUCAAGAAAGUACUCGAGAUGCGAUUCGCUUGUUGCCAGAUGAAAAAGAGGCUGUGGUUAAUCAAAUAGCUAGCGCUCUAGGACUUAUGAAGGUUGGCUGGAUUUUUACUGAUUUGUUAGCUGAAGACAUUAAAAAGGGCACAGUGAAACACACAAGAAAUGUAGAGUCGCAUUUUUUGUCCGCACAAGAGUGCAUUAUGGCUGGACACUUUCAGAAUUUGCAUCCCAACAUUUGCAAAUAUGCUUCCAGUGGGAAUUUUGGGUCUAAAUUUGUCACUGUAUGUGUUACAGGGGAUAAAACUAAUCAAGUUCACAUGGAAGGUUAUCAAGUGUCCAACCAGUGCAUGGCAUUAGUAAGGGACAAUUGUCUGGUGCCAACUAAGGACGCCUCAGAGUUGGGCUAUGUACGAGAAUCAACUGAUAAACAAUAUGUUCCUGAUGUCUAUUAUAAGGUUUAG